GCACGCUCCCAGCACAGUAUAGAACACUAACAGUAACGCCAACGCCAACAAACGUUUCCAACAUUCGCACCUAAAGACAUGUCUCAUCAAGAUUCAGAGCCAGAGGAAGCCAUUACCAAGGAAGAGAUCCGAAGUGAAGAGCCGACAAAGAAAUCGACCCGCAAUGCAUUCGCAGAACUCAUGGCUCCAAAGAGGAAAACACCACCGGAGACAAAUACAGCUCGGCCAUCGCGUAGUGGGAACCCUUUCAAAGACCGCAUGGGUUUGGGUGCAUAUCUUGAAGAUCCAGCCUCAUACCCAUCUUCACGCGUUAUCUAUCACAACGAGGACUUUGUCGCUAUAAACGACCGUUAUCCAAAGGCCACAAUACACACUCUUCUUCUCCCUCGGUCGUCAAAGUACAAUCUUCUCCAUCCAUUUGAUGCCCUAGAUGACCCAGAGGUCCUUGCCAAGGUGCGGACGGAGACCCAGGGCCUCAAGGUUCUGGUCGCAAAGGAACUCCAACGUCGUCUUGGCACGCACAGUGAGAGUGAUGCUCAUCGACAAGCCGUACUCGAUGGAGAUGCCGAGCCGGACCAGGGCGGUCAACUCCCGGAGGGCCGGGACUGGGCUGCAGAAGUCAAGGCCGGCGUGCAUGCGGUACCAAGCAUGAGACACCUUCACGUACACGUUUUCUCAAGAGAUAUGUUCUCUGAAGCCUUGAGACAUCGCAAGCACUACAAUUCGUUCAAUACGCCGUUUCUGGUUGAUCUGGACGACUUUCCGCUUGCAGCUGAUGAUGCGCGCAGGAACACGAAGGAGGAGGCAUAUUUGCGCUGGGAGAUGAAGUGCUGGAGAUGUGGGCUCAACUUUGGGAGCCAGUUCCAAAAGCUAAAACGACAUCUUGAAGAGGAGUAUGAGACAUGGAAGAAACUUUAGAUAAGAGAAGGUUGGGAUAAAAGGGCCUGCUUUACCCGUCUGUAAAUUAGCAUGAUAUUUGUACAACUCCUGAAGAGCACAAUCCCAGUAUAACAGUUCCAUGAA